UGACGUCAAAAGAUGGCGGCGCCCACUCACUGAGCAGGGAAGUCACGGUGGCGGCUGCAAUCACAGUGGGGCAAUGUUGCGGAGCUCGGCGACGGCGCUGCUGCGGGGAUGGAACGCAACGACGGCAAUGACAGCGGCAGGGAUCCCCAGUAAAAGUCCACUCCUUCAAACAGCAAGGGGUUAUCCCAGGGGUGUCCGGAAAAGGAAGCCAGAAAUCCAUAGCCAUUUGGAUGACCUUCCUCCUACAUUAUUGAUGAAACGUUACGCCAACGUCCCAAUUAUCGACAAGGUGGAUGAUGUCGUGAAAAGAAUGCUGUCACUGGAAAUGGCAAGUAAGAAGGAGAAAGUGAAAAUAAAGAAAGAGCAGCUGGCUGAAAAAGUGCGGCGUAGCCCCAAUGACUGUUGUUCUCUUGAAGUUCAAAUUGCCUACUUGACGGCAAGGAUCCGUACUCUCCAGGAGCACUUGCAGAGGUACCCCAAGGACAAAGAAAACCGUCGCAAAAUGAUGAUGGUCAUUGACCGGCGGAACCUGCUGCUGAAGGCCCUGCGCAACAAAGAGUAUGACGUCUUUGAGAAUACAUGCAAGCAGCUGAACAUUGAGUACACUUUCCCCCCGCCAUACUGCCGGAGGGCCACCCGGCGCUGGUUGGUGAAGAAAGAGUUAUGCAGAAGGGUCUUUGAAGAGGUAAAGAAGAAGAAAGCCCUCGAGAAACUGAAGCAGAGGGAAGAGCGCGCCAGAGCAGCCAAGGAUCAAGCAGUGCAGAAUGAAGGAACCCCAGUAUAAGGAAAGCUUAUAAUUUUCUGUAAGAUCCUGACAAUAAUUACCAAUAAAUAAUUUUACUG